UCUGCUGACGUCUUUCCUCUCUAUCACACAUCAGACUUUUCCCAGUGGAGCUGGAGAACAGGCUUCAAUGAAAACUGCCUGUUUGCAGCUAUAUGGAGAUUGCAGGCACCACACUCACUAUUUCCUCUACCUGACCUGGAGCAGAAACUCCAUCAUUAGGAUAGAAAGGUAGCCUUGUUGCCUAGCAAAGGUGGGGUGAUUUAUCUCUGUCUCUAGAUUGGUCCCUUUUUCUUUGCUGCACAAGAGAAUUGUUUUCAGACUUUCAAGGAGAAUGAAGCCAGGAUAGAAAUCAAAGUGAAUGUGAGAGAGCUGCUAUCCCAGGGAGGAGAAGCAGUCACAGGGUUUGUGUGCUUUCUGUUCCUGUGCAGCCCAGGACAAUGGUUUUAUCUGCCCCAGUGAUAGCCCUGGGGGCUACCUUAGGGACUGCAACUAGCAUCCUUGCCCUCUGCGGUCUCACCUGCCUCUGCAAAUGCAAGCAACCUGGGAAAGGACUCUCAGAAAAGGACCAAGAGGAGGACACGGAAAAUACUAAGCCCAGUGUGCUUCAGCCAGUCCAGCAAUUCAACGUUAAGAAAACGGCAGAGCCAGUCCAGCCUAGAGCACUCCUGAAGUUUCCCAACAUUUAUGGCCCCAAGCCCAUAGUAACUUCACCUGAAAUUGUUAACUACACGCAGUACUCCCUGAAGACAACAGAAGAACCAGCUACUGGAAAACACACUGGUUUGGAUGAGAACAGGAUGAAGAUCCAAGUCAAUGAAGAGCUGUUUGUUCUCCCUCAAAACGUUGCAGGUGUUGUAAAGGACGUGUGUGUCACGGAGCACUUGAACCCCGAGAGGGCAGCCGGCUGUAACCAGGCCCCCGAGCUGCGCUACUCCCUGGUGUAUGAUCAAGAAAGAGCUGAGCUGCGUGUGGCCCUUCUGGAAGCUAUGCAUGGCAGAAUGAGUGGAGACCAAGAUGCUGGCUGCCACUGCUACAUACUGGGCACGCUGGUGAGCAAGUCUGGCACUGCUGAAGCCCAAACAGAGCUGAAGAAGAAGGUGCUUCACACCCUCUGGGAGGAGGUCCUGCGAUUCCCAUUAACAGAGGAGGAGAUGUCGGAGGGGACAUUGACUCUCACCCUGAGAAACUGCGACAAGUUCUCCAGACACAGCAUUGUGGGGGAACUCAAACUGAGCCUUGCUAGCAUGGAGGAGUCCUUUGGGACAGCCCAAUGGGAAAGGCUAAAGAUCCCAGAGAAGGAGCCAUCUACGGGCCAUGGGGAGGUCCUGCUCUCCAUCAGCUACCUGCCAGCAGCGAACCGCCUGCUGGUGGUGAUCAUCAAGGCUAAAAACCUCCAUUCCAAGCAGCUGAAAGAUCUACUUGGCAAUGAUGUUUCUGUCAAGGUGACACUGAGGCAUCAGUCCUUGAAGCUGAAGAAGAAGCAGACCAAACGUGCAAAGCACAAGAUCAACCCUGUGUGGAACGAGAUGAUCAUGUUCGAGGUGCCUCAAGAGCUCCUGCGUGCCUCCAGCGUGGAGCUGGAAAUGCUGAGCCAGGUUGGUGCUGGGCAGAGCCACGUGCUUGGCAAGUGCAGCCUGGGCUUACAUGUCACGGGCACGGAGAGGAGCCACUGGGAAGAAAUGCUGAGGAACCCCAGGAGACAGAUCGCCAUGUGGCACCAGCUCCACAUGUAGGCUCCUUGUGGUUCCUGCCUCUGAGCCUGGGUGAAUAAGCUGCAUUUCACCUUCCACCUUCCCCUCCACAAAGCUGACCAGCACAGCAUCCUUCUUAUACCCCCUUAUAUGAUUUUCCUGCCUCAUCCUAACCUGGGAAACUUCCUGGAAAAUGUAUUUAAAGGACAAUGUCUCAUCUGCUCAAGUGGUUCUCUCAAACAAGGGGUUUGGCUGCCUGGAUGAUUUGAAUUAAUUCACACUGUCAUCUGUGUGAGGUCCUUGUUUCUACUGAGGAGCAAAGGUAUCAUGGAAAGGUGAGAUCCUCCUUGGCAUCUGGCUCUGUCAGUCAAGUCUUUGAUGAGUGCUGGCUCCAUAAUCAUAAAUAUGUGGCAGAUGUUUUACCAGUCAUUGUUUUCCAUAAUACUUUAUAAGACUGUGAGAAAUGCAGAUCACAGAAGUGACUUUCACUGCAGACAUAAAGUAUCAGUAUGAAAAAGAGUGAAGCCGAUGUGUAAUAAAUGAGUAUCUAGAAUCAAGAGAGAAAACAGAGGAAGAAGAGGGUGAGACAGUCAACACUAUCAUCCUAUGUAGCCUUUGAAGCAAACACUGCCAAACGAGAAGUCAAAUACCUUCAUGUACUUUUGUUACCUGGAGUGUUUGAUAUUUAGGAUUCAUGAAAACCCCUGAAAAUGUGAAUGUUUCAGGAUCCUUCAGCACAAUACCUACAUCUUCUAUCUUUCCACACUGUCAUCCAGGAAGACCCUAUACACGGACAAGAAGUUACCUCCAAAAACCUGGACCAAAUCUUUCUGCUGACUGCCAUAUUUUCUGUUUGGGUUUUUUUCUGAGCUAGGAAGUUUCAAAUACUUUUAUUCCAGGCAACAUUUAAGACUGGGCAAGAGAAAUGAGAUCAUUUCAUACCUUAGCAACUGAUUGAUGGUUUUGGUUUGACAGUUAACUACAGCACCCGAAUCCUCAUACCAGCCUUACUCGAAACCAACCCUUAAGAACUGCCAUGUAUUUCAUCACUUCCAGACAAAAGGAAUUCACUGACCAGACAGACUCCCCAGGGCUUGUUUUUUUUGUGUGUGCACUUUCAAGACUUGAUGUAGAUCAAAUGUUACUGUUUACUGUCCUUUUGUGUCUCAAUGGGCUGAAAGCCUGGCGUUGGCAGUGAUGAUGUUGUGACCCCAUAAGCACACUGCUUGUCCUAUCACUUCAUUUAAAGGAGUAGACAACAGCUUUAAAGGACUUCAACUGGGACAAGGCACUCAACAGUCUGAAAACAGAACCAUGUAGUUUGUAGCACUGAAAAACUCAGAGAACUUCAUAUUUGCAGGGUCAGCUUGAUCCUCUGUUCAAUUAGGAAUAUAAGCUAGGUUUUAUCUAAUAUCCAUCCCAUUUUGAUGGCUUAGUCAGACAAGUCUAGCAGAUGCUGCCAUCCUGUUGGCAAACACCAAAACCAGUGUUUGAAAACUGACUGAAGUGACAGCACAGUUACAAACAGGGCAAUGAAUCUCAGCUGGAAGCCAGACACUGAGUCGUGACUGGAGCUGGUAGUGGGGAUGGCACUGCUUAGCAUCUUCUUAAAUGACCUGGACAAUAGGGCAGAGCAUGCCCUCAGCAAGUUUGCAGAUGAUGCAACACUGACAGUAGUGGCUGAUACACCAGGCAGUUGUGCUGCCAUUCAGAGGGAUGUGGAGAGGCUGGAGAAAUGGGUUGACAGGGUCUUCCUGAAGUUCAACAAGAAGU